AUCACCUGUGUUAGGGCGGAGAAUCAUGUGUGUUAGGGUGGAUAAUCAUGUGUGUUAGGGUGGAGAAUCACAUGUUUUAUCACAUGUCUUAAGGUGGAGAAACAUGUGUGUUAAGUCUGUUGAAUUUAUUUACUUUAGAAGUGACAUAAACAAGGUUCCCUUAUGGUGUAGCGUACUGUUUAAAAGGGUAAAAUGACAUCACAUGACACUUUUGUACAGGAGGUGGCGCUGUGUACCUUAAAGUUGUUCCUUAAUCUGCCAAUAAAUGGAGAGAAGAAAAAGACGAAGCCCCGGAUGUUACCGGAAGUGAUUCCCGGUGUCUCUCACGUCCAUGGUGUCUCUGAGUGCACAUACGGCAGCAGCCCGGAUCUACAGUCGUGUUUUCUGCGGUGUUUGUGCCGGUUCCUCGUUGAUGGGGGUGUGUGCAGGUCUGCGCGGCUACCUGCUGCUCUGCCUGGGGCUGCUGCUCUCUGCAACCCCCCCCCUCUCCGCCUGGGAUGCCGAUCUGGAGCUGCUGGACCUGGUGGAGGAAAUCCAGCAGAACUUCUACCAGUUCCUGUCGCUGGACCAGGAUGCUUCAGCAGCAGAGAUUAAGAAGGCGUAUCGACGGCUGUCUCUCUCUCUGCAUCCUGACAAGAACAAAGAUGAAAACGCUGAAACUCAGUUCAGACAACUGGUGGCCAUUUAUGAAGUCCUGAAGGACGAGGAGAGACGCCGCAGCUAUGAUGACAUCCUGCUGAACGGGCUUCCUGACUGGCGGCAGCCGGUCUUCUACUACAGACGAGUGAGGAAGAUGAGUAAUGCUGAGCUGGCCUUCCUCCUCUUCCUCAUCCUCACUGUGGGACAUUAUGCUGUCAUCUGGUCCAUAUACCUGGAGAAACAGCUGGACGAGUUGCUGAGUAAGAAGAAGAAAGAGAAGAAGAAGAAGCUGAGCUCCAGACCUGCAGAGGAGCUGAGGUGUAUUGGCCAGGACCGGACCGACAGAGUCCACGAACGGCCACACUGGCAGGACAUCCUCCCUCUGAAGCUGAGCAUCUGGCUUUACCUGUCCGUCAAAAACCUGCCGCAGACCGUCCAGGAGGUGCAGCAGUACUAUGAGGACUACCAGCAGCUGAAGCAGCAGCAGAGAGAAGAAGCAGAAGCUGAGCAGGAAGUCGUCCCCAGAGAGAAGAGGCCAAAGGUGAAGAAGCCGAAGGUGGAGUUUCCAGCGUACGAGCUGCCGUCAGAGAACCCGAGCAGCCUGAGAUACGAUCAGGCCUCGUCCAUCGAAGACAUCGAGGACCAGAUGGACGACUGGCUGCAGGAUCGGCGAGCUGUGAAGAAGAAGGCUGCAAGCUGGACGGAGGACGAGCUCAGCCUCCUCAGCAGGUUGAUGGUUAAAUUCCCUGGAGGAAGUCCGGGUCGCUGGGAGAAGAUCGCUCAUGAACUGGGACGAUCUGUCAUCGAUGUGACUGCUAAAGUCAAGCAGGUGAAAGACAACGUGAGCCAAAUCUCAGGUCUGGUGAAGCUGUCGGAUCUGAAGGCACCUUCUCUUCCUGUGAGGUCACUUCCUGUCACUCAGAGAGAGUGGGGAGCCAGUGAGGAGGAGGAGCAAGAGGAGGAGGAAGCAGCUCCGGUGGUCAGGAGGAGGAACAGGAAGUCAACCGCAGCAGACGGGGGAGAGGGGAAGGUCAGAGGUCGUCGGCAGAGAGACUUUGACCCGACUGCUGCGGUGGAGGAGGAGGAGGUGGAGGAGGAGCCCCAGGAGGACCCCGCUGUCUGGACUCAGAACCAACAGAAACUGCUGGAACUCGCUCUGCAACAGUUCCCCCGAGGAUCCGCAGAGCGCUGGGACCACAUCGCCAAAGUUGUCCCCGGGAAGAGCAAGGAGGAGUGUAUGAUUCGCUAUAAGAUGCUGGCAGAGCUCGUUCAGAAGAAGAAACUGGCUAAAAGCUGAUUAAAGGUCCUCUGACCUCCUGACUCCCCCUCCUGCUGUGACCUCCUGACUCCCCCUCCUGCUGUGACCUCCUGACUCCCCCUCCUGCUGUGACCUCCUGACUCCGCCUCCUCUGACGUCUUGACUCCCCCUCCUCCUGCUGUGACCUCUUGACUCCACCUCCUGACUCUGCCUCCUCCUGCUAUGACCUCCUGACUCCUCCGCUGACCUCUUGACUCCGCCUCCUCUUGUUGUGACCUCCUGACUCCGCCUCCUUUGACGUCUUGACUCUGCCUCCUCCUGCUGUGACCUCCUGACUCCGCCUCCUUUGACGUCUUGACUCUGCCUCCUCCUGCUGUGACCUCCUGACUCCUCCUCUGACCUCCGCCUCCUCUUGUUGUGACCUCCUGACUCCGCCUCCUUUGACGUCUUGACUCUGCCUCCUCCUGCUGUGACCUCCUGACUCCGCCUCCUUUGACGUCUUGACUCUGCCUCCUCCUGCUGUGACCUCCUGACUCCUCCGCUGACCUCUUGACUCCGCCUCCUCCUGCUGUGACCUCCUGACUCCUCCGCUGACGUCUUGACUCCGCCUCCUCCUGCUGUGACCUCCUGACUCCUCCGCUGACGUCUUGACUCCGCCUCUGCUGUGACCUCCUGACCAAUGAACAACCAUGUGACCUGACAGUGUUUUUAUUUUUCUGUCCAGGUGAGCUGCCUCCUGACUGGACUUAUGUUUUUUAUAAGUGUGACGUCUCACCUGCUCAGGUGUUUUCAAACCUCGCAGCUUCAUGUGCCUUAGCUCCGUUCAGCAUGUUGUCAAUAAAAAAAUAUUUAUUAUC